AGCUACAAAAUACUUAGAGCAUCAUUAUCGGUGGUAUUUAGAGGGUAUCUUUGUUAAUAAUGAAUUAAAAUUAAAUCAAAAACACUAAUAUUAAGAAGAGGCGUCGCUUAUUUUGGCUAAACUAGAUACGGUUUUUUGUGGACAGGUGUAGGCAGGGGAUGAAAGGAGAAGCGUGUCUUCGGUGGUCUUUGGUUUUUUCUCUCUCUCUCUCGAAACCUCUCUUUCUCUCUCCGUCGGAAACGUCGCGAUUCGAAUCGAGCUCAACAGCGGCGGAUGCGUCGGCUGGGGAGAAGCUCCGAUUCUACCCUCGGUGACGGCGGAGGAUCAGAUUACGGCAAUGGUUAAAGCCCGGGAAGCCUGCGAGCUUCUCAGAGAGCUACUGGAGAUGAAACUAGGUCACGUUCUUCAAGAGAUCGGUGGGAUUCUCCCUGGUCAUCGAUUUGCAUCUGUAAGAGCUGGGGUGGAGAUGACUAUGAUUGAUGCUGCUGCUAAGAGCGUUGGAGUGCCAUUGUGGAAACUCUUUGUGUGGGGCUUCGAAUACAACCACCACCGAUAUUACAGUUCAGUUCUAACAUUUUAGCUCUUCCUUGUGGUACAGUUCCUUUUCAUUUUUUCUUGUCUGUGUGUUUGGUGAUGGAACUUGAGAUUCUUUUGUAGAAUGUAAAGAAAGAUUUGUGGUAUAGUUUUUCAUAGAGGUUGAUUUGAAUGAAUCUUCUUGAUCUUAAAGUUUAAAAUUUUACAGUUUUCUUUAGCUUAAAUUUAAGAAAGAUGUUUGCUAUUUGAUCUUUAUGUACAUAUGUGUAUUGCUUUCCUGGAAUCUUCAUCAACGAUCAGGUUUCUUGUAGUGGCGAGAGAGGAGUGGUUUCUGGAGAGGAAGCAGUGAUGAGCGUAAAGAAGCGGUGUUUCUGGAGGAAUCGUGAUUGAUCUUCUUCUAUUCAAGGGAAUGGAAGAGCUGACUGACAUAGUUGAUCACGCAAAGCAGCGUCACCACAUCAUCGGUGAUUGUUUUCUCUAGACCGGAAGCAAGGACCAAGAAAAGUCUGAUUUUCUCAAAAAUCUUUACACAAGCAACUACUUUUGAACUGAUUAUUGUUUUCUCUACUUGCUUUGUCAUGUCACCAAUGUCUAUGGUUCCAGUAUUGUAUUUUCAAACUUUAGGAAGAAGAGAUUUGCAAUGGAGACAUAAAAUUCUCAAGUUUCUUAACUAAAUCUUUUAAUCAACUUUUUCACUUAAAUACUAUUAAAAAACAAUUAAAAGACCCUUAAUGGGUACCUAGGAUAAAGAUGGUCUUAUAUCAACAUGAUUUGGAUACAAACAAAAAAACUUAACUAACAUUAAUCCUCAGAGACUAAACAGACUGAGAAUAUUUUAAAACCAUAAAGUUUUCCUGUCGUUAUUUGAUCACUAAAUUAAAAACAGAUACGGCAGUAAAAUUUAUACGAGAAAAUAAUCUUUCUACCUGUAAUAUUAUAUUAUAUUAUAUUAUACGAUACUUUGCUAUGUUUUUAUUCCAUGUUUUACUCACCUACGGUGGGAGCCAUUGGGGUUUCAUCGAUGAUUGAUAAGUAUGAUUAAUUCUCUAAUGAUACAAUAAAACAAUAAGAAACAACAAAAACUAACAAAAACACGUUCUAACGAAAGACUCGACAGAAAGGACAAGAUGACUCAUUUAAUUUAAGCUACUGGUCACUCUCUCCAGGCGCCGCUCUCUCUCUCUCUGGGAAUGGUGAGUCAGUUUCACCACUGAGAGCUCAAAUUCGCCUGACCUUCACCUCUACUUAUCCUUUCCCCUAUAUAAAACCUCCCAUAUUACAGAAGACUAGAGAUUUAAAAAAAAAAUACAGUCGUGAUGGAGACUAGAGAGUUCCCUGCAUGGCUUGAGGUUUUGCUAAAGGAGAAGUUUUUCAACGCUUGUUUGGACCAUGAAGAAGAAAAGAAGAACGAGAAGAACAUUUUGUGCAUCGACUGUUGUCUUAGCAUCUGCCCUCACUGUCUCCCUCCACAUACCUCUCAUCGUCUUCUUCGGAUAAGAAGAUAUAUGUAUAACGAUGUUUUGAGGGUAGAGGAUGGCUCGAAGCUAAUGGACUGCUCUUUAAUUCAGCCAUACAUAGUGAACAGUUCGAAAGUUGUGUUCAUCAAUGAACGGCCUCACCCUCGACAGUUUCGUGGUUCCGGCAACUUUUGCAGCACCUGUGACCGGUCUCUCCAAUCUCCUUACCUCUUCUGCUCUCUCUCCUGCAAGAUCAGUGACGUCAUAAUGAGACAAAGAGGACUCUCAGGGUUUCUCCGCGUCUGCAACUUUCUUAACUUAACCGAAGAUGUGACCACAUCCACUCUUGAACCUUCCGGGUCAGACGGUGACGGAGGAGUAGACAUGUUUUUGUGUCAGGCGCUUGCUUGCACCGCUGCAACUGAAAUCGUUCGCAAGAAGAGAAGCAGCUUGACUACGACUUGCCGAAGAGUCACCACGGCGGUAUCCUCGACUAACACGGAAGCUCCGGCGAACUUUUUUAACCGAAGGAAGAAUACGCCGCCGCAACGAGCUCCGCUCUAUUAGGGCCGUACGUGUUUGGUCCAAGUAAUAAGGUAGUGAAUACACGUAACGUAACAAUUUAGUCAAAUUAUGUUUUCUUAAAAUACCAGUAGCAUCUAAUUAUCUGUAACGAAUCAAAGUUUAGUUUUUUUAAAAUGAAAUUUAAAAUAUAUAGGAGAAGGAAAAAAGAAAAAAAGGAGACUCUUCUGGUUUUAUCUGGUCUGUGUACCGCUUAAAGGGAGAAAAUUCUAUCUAUCUAUGUUCAAACAAUUUAAAUAUAAAUCAUAUUUUUGUAUAGUCCAUUUAUAAAAAUAUAAAAGGUGGUGAUUUACUUACUUUCAUUUCAUGAUUGCAUUUUCAGUUCACACAUUAUUCAGGCGGCAUAUAUUUAUUAUUUACUGAGGGUUAGUAAAAUCUCAAAUAUCGAGAGGAUUAAAAACUUGAAUCACUGACAAAAAAAAACUUGAAUCAUUAACUACGUAGGAGUAGGACAGACCAUAUCUUUCUUGUCCGAGUAAAAAUGAUUCGUCUGCAUGGUGGUGGAGAACUCUAUAUAGUCUAAAACAUGGCUGUACAAGAGAAUUUAUGAUCAUCUGUUCUUGUAACAUAAAUUAUAUAAUUAUAUGAUAUGAUAUGAAUUAGUUGGUAAUAAAUGUGAAAAAGAGUAUCCAUGCGAUAAGAGGGUCUGAUAUUUAGAGUUGUCUUUAUGCAUAAUGUUUUUCGUGUCUCUGCACGAACAAAUUAUUGGUUGUUAUGAAAAAGAAGACAAAACGAUUGUGACAGACAUAUUAUCAAUAAACGUGUAUUUGUGAAUGUUUCUGAGGCAUAUAUAGCCCUUGCUCUCCUGCUUCUCUGGACCACAUUCUCCAUUCCAUUUCUUACUUCCUCUUUGUAUUUGCUC